GCUCGCCCUCAUCCUGUGCUGCUUCCUCCCUCUCUCUGUCUGUCUCUCCCUCUCCGUCUCUGUUUGUCUCCCUGGCGGAUUCUUCGUUUGCUUGCUGAGUCUCCCUCUCGUUUCUUUUUCCCUGUUUGCAAGCAAACAGAGUAGCCUUUAACUUUUAAGUGGAGAGGCUGCUUUCCCUCUGCCCCCCGCGUGCCAUAUUUGGAAGAGCUGCACCUGCUUCUUGUAUCUUUUCUCUCUUCUCUCUGCUCUCUCUCAUCGCUCUCGACAACCACACUCUCUCACGCACCAACCAACCAUCUCACCAACAAAACAAUCAACAAUCAACAAUCAACAGUCAACAAUAACACUCAAUGAACCUGCACUCCCAGCACAAUCCCAACUAAGAACCUACACACCUGUGUUCUUGUGCUUUUCUACUCUUGUUAUCGAUCAACUGCACUCUCAUCUGUGCAUAUCUGUGCAUAUUGUGCAUAUCCAACCACCAUGGCAGAGCAGGUUGCUGCAAACCCACCGAGUAAGGGCAUCGAGGCGUCCGAUGGCUCUGCUUUUCCCCUCAUCCUCGAGCAUUACAUGCUACACCCUGCCUCGUACGAAAUUCCUCUCCGCAGCAUGUACACGCUCAAUUGCCAAACUCGUCCAUUGGCGCCCAAUUCCGGCUUCAAAGAAUCUGCUUUCGCAUCCCCCGCUAUGCAGAACGCUACCGAGCCCGUCGCCGAUGCCGCCUCGCAGUUCAGGGCCCAGCUAAUUUCGCACAUCUCCAAGUCGCCACAUCAGCUGUCGCUCCCUGUGGGCUUCAUGGUGUCAUUUGUGCGUCGUGUUUUUGCCUCGACUCUGGAAAACGUCGACUUUCCGCAAGCGCUCACUGCCUUGGAUUAUCUGAAGAACGUCGAAAGACGUCGUCAGAAGGAUGUGCUGGCUGCUUUCAAGAGCCUGGCCAUUGACCUCAGCAGCCAUACUUCACCGUUUCUGCGUAGUAAUCUCGAGCAGAAGCAACAGUUACAGCAGAAGUAUCCGGGCGUCGUUCGCUGGAUUGAGUCCAUUGAGGAGAGAGACCGCAAGGCUCAUCACUACUACAAAAACGUUUGCUUGAGUCUGCGUCGCUGGAUCCUUAUCAAUGAAAUAUGGUUGGAGCCCUUCAACAAGGCUAACUGUCUAGCUAUGUUGAACACGCUCUUUCCUCCAGUCACUCCCCUCACGGCUGCAUCCACCGUACCGAAUGGGGAGCUGAAAACAGAAGAGUUGAGUGUUCAGCGCUCUGGCUUCUUCAAUUACAUUAAAACCGUGGAACGCAGUGGCAAGAUAGCGAUCGAAAAUGUUCUCAAGUCGGGUGCCCGACCUGGCGAGGAAACGGCAUGGCCCCUGGUGCAUGAGUUUCUGGAGAAAUACCUUGACCUAGCUCAUGAAAUGAUCUACGACUGCGGUGCGAUCGAAGGGCGUGAUGAUCUGGAAGCCGAAGUGCGGGGCAAGACUCACAAGCGCAAUGCAGACUCAGGUGUGAGUUUUGGCUCUGUCAACGAGUCCCUCACUACCGACAGCCGGGCUACGACCCCUAGCGACAAAUCUCGCUCCUCUACCCCGGACUCCAGACACCCGAAAUCAACUCUGGAAAAGAUCAACAACCAGCUUCGCAAGAUGCGUUCGCGCUCAGACAACAAAGAGCCCGGUAAACCAAAGUCUCUUUCCAAGAAGAAAUCUUUUACUGCGCUUGUCAGUGGCCGGUCUGCUAGCAGUUCCAGCGGCGAAUCGGCCUUUGAUGUCGACGAAUUUAAGCGCAAGCGGAUGAUCUGGGAAGCAAACGAAAGAAAGAAGGAAGAAACCGCUCCAAAGGCCUUCGACAAGUGAGGAAUGCCUCGUAUGUUAGUAAUGAAUGAAUGAAGGAAUGAAAAUAUCGACUUACGAGUUCAACGUAUGGGCUACGGUACCCAUCACGCUGGCUGAAUGGCCAAAUUGCAUUGGGAAUUUGGUGGAAUGGAGUUACGAGUUCUGUUUUACACGGCAGCAGUGUUGCUGUGAACAUAAUGGUAUGAAAAUAGUGGAGUUAGGCCAGGAGUUUGCUAGAAAAGUCUUUAAGAUGAGUGUCAUUUGAAAGGAGCUACUGGAUGUACUAUAUAAUAUCUGGUAGCAUCGCCUACAGCAUAAUCGAAAAUUAUUGCAUCC